GUCAACGCGUGAAGACGACGUGCGGUCCUUGAAGAGUUUUCCUUGCUCGGAGCCGCUUUUUCCUACGCAGGAUUGUGUUGUGCAACGGUUUUUUUUUGCCCUUAUUCAUCCCGAUGUUUUCGGGAGGUUAAAGAAUGUAAAUGAUCACAAAUGACCAGCCGUAUUGUGGAAAAGUGAAGCUGGUGACAACCGUUGUGUGAAACCUAUUUGGGGGUGGUCACAGUCGAGAGUGGUGGGAGGGAUAACAACAUCCGCCCUCGCUAGGCCUGCUGCCUUUGAAUUCAUUGGAUGGUAAUCGGUGGUGUCUUUUGUGGAGCAUAGUUCUCGUAGUUAUGUGGAUAUAUGGCGCCUUUGGAAGAAGCAUCGCGUGAUACUACAUAUUUCGGAAUGGGAGUGAGAUAGUAGAAGGAUGGAAAGUGGCUCGUUAUUUUUUGAAAAAUGUCAACAGGGGAGAGAUUCUACAUAAGUUACUCCUAAUUUGAGGAUAAGAAGAAGAAAUUUGAUAGAUUUCUACAUGACAGCGUCUCGUAUCUGGAAAGGAUUGUGAGGAUAACCUUUGGGGUGUUCUGAUUCGAAUUCAGAUUAGAUUGAUAUUUUUUCGGGAUUAUUAUUCUCUGUUCGGAAGAAAUACCCUUUCGAGAGUGAAAAGUUCAAUCAAAUGAUAGUGAUGUAUCGAAGGUGGCAGCUUCCACCAAAAAUUGGAUAACACGAUAUAACGUGACUGGGGAAUUUUUGAAUUGGCCAUGUUAUUUACGAACAUAUUCUGAGAAACCAAGGAAGACAACAUUAACAUUGUGCCGAUAAUUAAUUUAGUCAAUUCAAGCGUAUCAACACGAACCCGAACGGUGGGAGAUCAUACGUUAACGAUUCUUGGAAAGGAUUGAUUCCUCCAAAGCAUCGAGCCGAAAUUGAACAUGCUUAGUAACGUAAUGGAUUAACUCGGCUUCCCCCGCAGGACCUUCCAGCUGAUUUCGUAAUAAUGUUUGCAAAAAAAAACAGUGUGCGUGUGGCAAAUGAACUUAAUUUUCUCACGCUACUAGCUCACGUUACAUCACGAAACCAGUGCUGUGAUAGGCGUACAUAAUUGGAUUUACGAUGCUGUGAAUCGGCGAUCGGCGACCAUAACAUAAUGCCACACUAGGCAGCAUCCCGAUACGCACACAGACGAGCGAAUACACGGACAUAAAUUAUCCCAGCAGGAACAAUACACACAAAAGUUAUGUAAAUAUAAAUCAUUGAAUUAACGCUUACACACGGCGUCAUAGAACAGAAGUCUCAACGGCAGACACAGAGUGAACAAACAGGCGAGAAUCCCAAAGGGGGUGGGGAGAGAUUCACAGUGGAAAGUACAACACGCAAACAAAUCCUUUUGGUGGAUGCUGUAAAAGCGAGGAAAAAGUUUCGGUGCUUUUUCGGUCAAAAAUCCUUGGCAACCGUCACGGCUGCUGGGAUUUGUCUUCUGAAAACACGAUUAACUGAGCGUUUACGCGCUUCCAAGUGUAAGAAUGGAUGGCAGAAAUCGACGGCGACAACUUGGCGGCCCCUGCUAUUGUCUCCGGCCACUUAUUCGGAUCUGGGGAAUUAUCACAGCGAUUGUAGUGAGCGGUGUUGGAGUAGACAUAAUGUUUCACGGUUACGAUGCCGGUAUUUAUAUCAUAGUUGCAUCGGCGGUUAUAUUCAUUCUAGAAAUCAAGUGGCUUUUCUCACUAUUCAUAAACCUGCUAUGUACAAGAAACGAUUACUCAACGGGAUGUCACAAAUGCUGUAACGUUUGCCGAUUUUGUGGAAGCUGGCGACUCUCGCUUCCGUACGUGGCCUUAGGCAUCGCUCUCAUUAUUUGGCCCCACCGGUUGUGGCUCAGCCAUGUAGCAGGCGGACUAUUGAUCGGCCUGGCAGUACUGCGACUACUCACUCUGUGCCAGUUCCGACAGAAUCGGAAGGAUGAGGAGCUUCUUUAUCACUUCGAUGAACCGGUGGAUAAAUACGACAAUCUAACCGACGUUUUGGUGGAUGAUUCGAUGCCAAAACCAGGCCGAAGCCUUGAAGGAGAUAAUGAUGAUGAUGAUGAUGACGACGACGACAAUGCCAUUAUCAAUGGAACCAUUUGACAGGAACAAACACAGCGUCAGAUACCACUGGCCCAGAGUAGAAGAUUGACGCGGAAAAAUAUGAACCAAAGCUACGAGAAACUGGACGGGGAUUGCAAUUGUGAUGUUAUCAAAUAGGAGCAGGGAACCAAAAAAGCUCCCCGAAGAAGCUAGCUAGUAAUUAUACCUGAUAGUGGAAUGAAAUUUGCCAAACAAAUUGUGUAAAUAUGAGAUGUUAAUGAGAACACAUUUGGCAGUUAGUUAUAUGUUUCGGCUUAUUUCGUUGGUCAAAGACAGUAAACGGAGAAGAGCCAUUCGAAGUUUUCCUAGAAUAAUAUUUAUUUAUAAGUUCCCGUUAAACAUUGGUAAACACUUUUGGUUCAUCAUUUUUAGUUUAUAAUUGUUGGGAUACAUACGUGCUUACAAAUCUUCAGCGAAGUACAGGAUGAUACCGUCGAUAAUAAAUCGAUUUUUU